AUGAGCUUAGAAAACGAAGAUCAGAACUUGUUGGAUCAGGCAACUGAUAAUGGAUUGCAAAAGAAGUUGAAAAUUUCAUACACAAGAGAGUUUUUGUUGUCUAUUAGUGGAUUGGAUGUAUGCAAAGAGUUUCCAAGUGGGUUUGAUCAAUCGCUUUUAAGUGAAUUUGAAGAUGCUUCACUGGAUCGACAUAGAAGUACUGGUGCUCUACCAACGCAUAGUUUCAGACGCAAUGAGUACAGUUCAUCCCCUCCAACCAGAGGGGAUAUGAAUAACUUUUCACGGGGAACUCAUGGAAAAUGGGAUUCUCGCUCUUCUGGACGUUCAGACAGAGACAUUGAUUCUCAAUCGGAAUGGGAUUCAGAUUCUGGAAAACGUAUUGGCAACCAGUCUCGUAGAUCUUUGCAAGGUCCUGAGCACGAUGGACUUCUAGGUAGUGGCUCUUUUCCAAGACCUGCUGGGUAUGCACCUGGGUUGUCUGCUCCUAAGUUUCGAGCUAAUGACAAUUACCAGCCAAAUCGGUCAAAUGAGCCCUAUCUCCCUCCUCGUCCUUAUAAGGCACCCCACUCUCGUAGAGAAACUAACGACUCUUUCAAUGAUGAAACUUUUGGCUCCUUGGAGUGUACAAGUGAGGACAGGGCAGAGGAGGAAAAAAAGAGAAGAGCCUCUUUUGAAUUGAUGAGAAAAGAGCAAACUGAGAAGCUUAAGAUGAACCCAGACAAGAAUAAAGUGGAUUUUGACCUUUCUUCACUUAUCGACGAUGAUUCAAAAAGGCUCGUUGCUGGAGGCAAUGAGUCAAUGGAGCCUCCUUUGACUUUAGUAGCUUUAAGCAAUGAUGAGAAAUCUUCUUCCCAUUCACUUGCUUCAGCAAGACCACUUGUACCCCCUGGUUUUGCAAACACAAAGUUGGAAAGGAAUAUGGGUACCAAAAUAUCCUCUAACACUCAUGUAGCAGAGGCUGGGAAACCUGAGCCCGGAGAUACCCGGGGUAGCCAUGUAUUCAGUAUAAAUCCUGAAAAUAAAGAAGGAAACUUAUCAACCAUGCACGUGGAUAACAAUCAACAGAAUCUUCAAAGGGCAGAUAUAAAUGUUUCAAUCAACAAUGAGAAAGAAAAUACUUCUAAUUUAUCAUCUUCUGUGGAUAUCCCCAACAUUAAAACUGGAAUUAAUGAUCAACUAAGAAAGAGAUCUGCUCUUUCAGAAGCCUUGGAAGCAUCAGAUGACAAUACAUUUAUUCCACUUAAGGCUGAAGUAAAAGGAAAGGAGGCCAUAGGAGCAGCUUUCAAUCCUGAGAGUUCUGAGUCUAUCCUAUACAAGCUUUUUGGUAAUGCUUCAACGCUAACCAGUGGCAUAUCUACUAGUAUUGUUGAGCAGUCUGAUCAUAAAGCAGAUGAGACAUGGAGUCCACAUGCCUUCCAAUCUUCGAAGUUUGCUCAUUGGUUUGCUGAAGAAGAAAAGAAGUCGUUGGAUGAUUUGACACCUAAGCCAAAUGACCUGCUCUCGCUUAUUGUUGGCGGUGAAAAGGGUGGGCUACAAGUUUCCAAUGUAGAGAAAACCCAUCAUGUUGCACCAAAUUUUAAUUUCCAAAAUCCUGAACCAGCUGGUGAGGGCAUACCAACAAAUGUAACCCAUACCGCUAUUAGUAACUCUGAGCUAUCUUACAAGAGCGAUGUACCUGAAAUUUUACCUGCAGUUCUUACAUGUGAAGAUCUUGAACAGUCAAUUCUAUCACAAGUUAAUGAAAAUGGUUUGUCAUCUCAGCCGUGCUUGCAGGACAAAGAUUUUGGUACAGAGGCUGGGCAGUCCAAUUCAAUUGAUGGUCAUGCAUCCGAGCACCUUCUUUCUUUGUUACAGAAAGGACCCUUACAUAAAGAUGUGGAACUAUCGUCUGUUAUACAUUCUACUGAUACGGUGCACAACACUGAAAGAGCAACUACUGGAAAAUUUCUUGAUAAUCCAGAGAAAGUAAAUGCAGAUGCUUCUAAUUCAUCAAAAACAUUGACGCUGGAAACACUUUUUGGAUCAGCUUUUAUGAAGGAGCUGCAAUCAGUUGGAGCACCCCUUUCUGUUCAAAGAAGUUCAAUUGGAUCUGUAGGUGCUGAUUUUUCAGAGUCUCAGUUGUUUCCUUUCCCUACCUCAGACAAUGUCAAUCCUCCUACUGGCGAGCUUACACUGAACAGACAUGGAAGUGGUGGUGCCUUUCCUUCAGAAAAAACUCAUCAACCCAAAUCAAAUAGAUUGGAAGAGCAGUGGUUAGGGUAUGGAGAUUCUCAUGGAGAUGUUAAUUCAUCGCUACUUCAAAGUGGGAUUUCCAAGGCUAGUGGUUUCAAUCGAUCUCACGAUUUUCGCCUCCCUGAAGAAGAUAGCUUGGUUUCUGUUAGCGACCCUCUGCAAACCUUUUUAUCUGUUGGAAAUUCAGCCAAGGCAGAUUUGUCUCAAGACACACCUGCUGAGAUUACUAGAAAACUGGCAGCUCUAAAUUCUGCAUUUAGAGACGAACGGCUUAUGAUGAGAAAUCAAGGUCAAGCAUACCCUCGUGGUCCUUAUGAAAUAAGGGAACCUGGUAUUCCAUAUCAAAAUCUCAACGCCCACCGGUCUUCACAGCUCCAACCCCAUCAGUUGAAUCACAUUGGUCCAAUGUUCAAUCAACCGGACUCACAUUCUCCUCAUAUUAGCUCUUAUAUGAAGCAUGUGACUUCUGAAGGCAUGGUCCAUCAUGACUCUCCAUCCAACCGUCAUUUUCCAGGAAAUAUGCUUCGUCCUCCUUUCCACCAACCAAGCAGUGUUGUAACUGGGUUUGAUCCUCCUGCUCAUCACCCUCUGUUACAACAGAUGCAUAUGCAAGGGAACCUUCCUCCACCUCAUCUAUUACGAGGUUUCCCAAGGGGUGGAGCUAUGCCCCCUCAUCCCGGUAAUCCGAUGUCUGGUAUUAUGCAGGAACCAAACCCAAUGCAAGGCUUCCCAUUUAGUGGCCAGCAGCAUUUAGGGGGCCCUGGAAUGCAAUUGCAAGCUCCCGGGGUUGCUGGUGGAAGGAAUCAUCCAGAGGCACUUCAGAGGCUUUUUGAGAUGGAGCUUAGGUCAAACUCAAAGCCAAUCCAUACUUCAGGGCACAACCAGGGGGGGAUUCAUGAACUAGACUUAGGGUUUGGCUAUAGAUAG